CCGGACUGCACCGCACCGCACCGCACCGUACUCGGACCCGAGAAUGGCGGACGCAGUGCUGUCUUCCAUCAUUUCGUUUCUCUUUCCUUCCAAGAGGGGACAAACGGAAGGAAACCCGUUGCCACUCAAGGCGGUGCCCGGAUUGAUCACGCUUCUGGAUGUCGCCCUCUUUCGAUCCGUGGAGGCCCAGCUGACCGGCACCAUCACGAGCAGCCACGCGCUGCUGGCCUGCUGCCUGGACAUCAAGCGGCAGGCCCAGGUCGUGUUGCAGCUGUACAAGACAAAGGAGUUCAUCGGAGCCUCCGACGGAGAUUGCUGCCCCCGCGAAACYCUGGCCUGGCAGUGCCUGGAAGCCGCCUGCAACGCCAUCGAGCGGCUCAGCACCGACCGGCUGGCGGCGGCCGCGAACCUGAGCGAUCCCUACGAGAGCACCAAGACGUCGGCGGCGAACAACGCGCAGGCCGCCCACCACAACCACGGCGGCGGGGGGAUCUACAGCAACGACCUCUUUUACACCUCGUCCGGCUGCAACGUGGUAGGGGUGGGCCUCCAGGGAAUCCGCAACGGAAUCUUGCUGUCCAAGGAGGAGACGGGCCGGCGGGGGCAGCUCCAGCAGCGCCGGAAAGACUGCUGGGAAUCCCCGCGCCUGUUUUGCCCCGAUUUCGUAUGGGCCGACGACGUCUACCUGGCCUGCCGGAAGUGGGUCCGCAGCCUCGACAAGCACCCACUGGUGAAGAUUUCCUACGUCCUCAAGCACCAAGAGGACCCAGCGGCUGCGGAUCCCGAUCACAUCUUUAGAAAAGAAACCCACGGCAACAAAAAGAGCAGGGACGCAGGUUCCAAGUCGAGGGCGGCAAACAAUCGGAACAACAACAGCAGCARCAACAACAACACGGAUCGCCGGCGGCGGAAGCACGAGCAGCAAUCCCACGGUAGAAGACGGAAUACGCACUAUACGGGAAAGGAUCCUACCUACGAAGAAAUGGAAGCGCAGAUAUGUGUUUUGGUCCAGCUGGUACAGAACGACCUGCCUCUUCGGCUGUAUCAGUUUCGAUCUGCGAUGGAGUCGGAAGCGGAGGUCACCAAGCGUUUGUACCUGGUCAAGUGCGAAUACCGAGCGCCCUUUCGGGCGUUUUUGGAAGCCCACCAAAACCUUCUCCGGGCGCCGCGCAUGGAACUAGUCGAUCACUAUCUCAAACGAAACAAAAACGCCGAUUCGGGACGAAACGACCGGGAAAAAAAAUCCUCGCUCGAAGCCCUCAAGGCGGAAUUGCAGGCCCUGCUGAACACACCCGAGCUCGUCGAGCUGCUGGCGCUCGAAAUGGAAGCCGAGAAGCUCGAGCUGGACGUGGGCAAGGCCCUGUUCCCCUUCACGGAGCUUGCACGGAUACUGGCGCACAAAAACGUAUAUCUCGAGGCGGUACCGGGAAUCGUGGAAGUCGACGAGUUGCCCGUGCUGCGGGAAACGGUUCGGGUAAGUUUGGUUCCAGAUGCCAUCGAUCGAUCGAGMGGCAGCCCCCGAUUCCGCCAAAGGGUCGAAAAAAGGGCGAACGGUCCGCGGACUUUGCCUUGACGCGUUGCAGCUCACAAUUUUUCUAUUCCACGACACGACACGACACAAUCACGACGCCAUUUCACGCAACGCAAACCAGCGGCUGGGAUACGCGCUCUGCCGAAAGGCUGGCUCGGAAACCUCCACGGGCAUCCGACCCAUUCUGUUGGAUCUCCUCAUGGUCCCGAGAGACGACRUUCCCAGCACCAGAGCCAUGUUUUUCGAGCGAAAACCCAUGUCGCUGUACACGGCCUCGGCCUCGCUGGAGGAACGCAUCGACGAAUUCCUGGCCGAGCUGACCACCAUUUCGUCCCUGGUCAGGGAGACGAUAUCCCCGCCCCCCCACCACAAGCCGGCGCUGAACGUCGACGCCCACGCCUCCUUUGCAAAGGGCUGCACGGAACACCACGAUCCCGAACUCCUCAAGUGCCAGCUGCUGGACUGGUUUGCGAUCGUCGAGCGGCAGCACCUCCUGUACGAGACCCAGAAGGACCUCCCGGAAGAAAUACGGCGGGCCGAGAUGAAGCUKAGCAUCGCCGGCGCGUCCCACAAGUCGCUCACCACCGCCAAGGAAUCCCUGGAGAUCCUGGAGGGCAUCCGGGCCGAGCGGUUCGGUGUGCUGAAGGAAAUGGUCGAGGAGGUAUGUCUGCGGGAAAUGAACCUGUACGUGUCGCUGACCGGUCCCMUGCCGCAGGAGGUGCUGGAGCUGGAGGAGAUGCCGUCGGCACCCGGUGUGUUUGGGAUACCGUUGGAAAUUGCGGGGGAAACGCUUCCGAUUGGUUGAUGGGACAAAGGAACGCAACGCAAAAGAACAGAAAACAAAGCCACACCAAACAACCCUGGAUGCCUAAGACAAUAGAAAMUUGCAAAACAC